UUCGAUGUCAAUCGCUGUCGUCGUCGUACACUGUAUGCAAGUCUUGUGACUUGUAUCACAGAAAACAUGUGAGGGAGGCAUGAAUGACUCCACAAACAAAACAACUUGCGGUUUGUCAAAACCAAGGACUCGAUCUCUUCUAGACAAGGAUCGUUUGAUAUUAAACCGGUUUGUAGAGGGCGCACAGGAAAAUAAUCGUGAACUAAUCAAGACGUAGUCAAUAAUAUUGAACUUUUUGAGUCCACAAAGAAUAAAUUUACGACAGCUAUACUAUAAGUUACCCGGCUUGGAACCAUGGCAUUGACUUUACAAAUUUUCCUUAUUCUUAUAUUUGGAUCUAUUGUUUGCCAAGGAAACAAAGUCAUUGAGGUGCUUACAGAUGCAGAUGGUGACAUGCAUAUUGAAGUAGGACACUCAGGCCACUUUGGAGUAUAUUUAAAAGCAAAUUAUCCCGUUGAAAACUUGGAUUUGAUUGCAAAUUUUACUAGUAGCAAACCUGGCAUUGCAAACCUGUCCAAGGAAGAAGUUAGCAUUUUUUCAAACAGUAAGGAAGAUCCAUGUUAUGUAAAAUUUCAUGGACUAAAGGUUGGCAAGGCAACUGUAACUGUGAAAAAUGCAACACUUGUCAAUGAAAGCCAUUCAAACACUUCGAUAAAGUAUGAUGGCAUCAAAGUAGUUGUGAGAGUAGUACAUUUCCCUCCCCUGAUAAUCAUUAAUGCUGUCAUCGGCUGGAUCUACUUCGUGGCUUGGUCAGUUUCCUUCUACCCACAGGUGUACUUGAAUUGGAAACGAAAAAG